AUGACGGACGUCUUCGUCCGAGGCAUACGCGAUGUCUCGAAAUUCGUGACCCUCGCUCCGCGGACCACUCGUGUGAUACAGAGGCUUCCCGCAUCUUCCGACCAAAGCUUUACAUAUCAUACCCCAAGACGGAUAUCAGUUCUACCCAGCUUGCUGCUCUCUGAGUACGGAUCGGGAAGCCAUGCUAGUCGCAUCGUGGCUCGCCGAGCCUGCCAGGGCCCCGUCCCCAAGGCGGCAAAUGUACCGUCACAGGCUGUCCUGUCUACUUCGGCACUGAGUCGCCAGGCUUCAAGCCAUGUGCGUGCAGCGCAGCCCACGUUUUCCGGCCUACUGUCAAACACAAACACGGCUGGGAAAAUACCGAUACAUGCAUUUUUUCGGUGUCGCUCAAGAGGCUUCCAUGUCACAACCAGGCAGGCAAGAGAAACUGAGGCAGGACGAAAGGGCAACAAGAUCCAGGAUGCAAGAGAUAGCAAUGCUAAACAAGAGUCCACGUUAAAGCAUUCUUCGGAACAACAGCAGUCACAACAGGAGCACUUCUAUGACCGAAUACACAUGCCACAAUUCCAUCGCCCGUCGAAAGAAGAACUCCUGGCCGCGGCAACGGGCUUCUGGUCCCGCUUAAAGGUUCGCUUCAAAUGGGUGACCAUCAAAAGCACCCGGCCAUUCAAUGUGGAUGAAAUCGUGGGCUUUAUUUCGUGGAUUGCAUUGGGCCACGUUAUUUGGAUCGUCAUUGGGACCACGACCUUUGUCUCUCUUGCGAUCCUGGCGAUCAACACCGUGCUUGCUCAAGAAACCUUGGCUGGAUGGAUCGGACACUAUCUGACCAAAUCUUCCGGGCUGCAGGUCGUGUUUGAAUCCGCCAUCGUUCCAAAGUGGCGGGAUGGAGUCAUCACCUUCAAGAAUGUGUUUGUCUCCAGAAGACCAGGGCAAAACCGUUCUAGAGUGACCAAAGGAUCACCCGAAGCGGCCGCACAAGCCUCUUCCACGGAAGAUCCGGUACCAGCUGAGGAGCAGAACUAUACACAGUUUGACAUCACCAUUGGAGAAAUCAAUGUCAGUCUAUCCUUUAGCAAGUGGUGGAAUUCCAAGGGGCUUCUUCAAAAUGUGGAGGUCAAGCACGUCCGAGGUGUUGUGGACCGCACUCAUGUUUUUUGGACCGGUGAAGAGGUCGACCCAAAAUCCUAUCGACAUGAACAUACGCCGGGAGACUUCGAAAUUGAAUCAUUCAAAAUCGAAGAUCUUCUCGUUACGGUUCUUCAACCUGAGGGGUUUAGGCCCUUUCCCGUCAGCAUCUAUAACGCGGAGUUCCCUCGACUACGGAAGCAGUGGCUUUUCUACGACUUCCUCUGUGCAAACAAUAUGACAGGGGAGUUUGAUCGCUCUUUGUUCACCAUCCAUCCUCGUCAAACCCAUUCUUACACCGGGGCGCAUCUCAAUGAUUCGGACAACGCUGACAACGAGCCAUGGAAGAAACAAUCUCGAAUACGCAUCGACGGGUUGAACAUCGACCACUUGAAUCGGGGGGCAGUCGGACCCUUGUCUUGGAUCCACGAGGGGAAUGUCGACAUCGUUGCCGAUAUGAUGAUUCCCAAUGACAGUGACGAGUCAGUCAUCAAGGUGAUGACUGAUUUCUAUGAACGGAUGGAAGCAGCACUCACCUCGAGAAAGCACCUGGAGCAACCCCGAGAAGAUGCUCCUGAAACCAAUUUAUCUGGUAUCGACAUAUCGACACCGGUCGCUUUUGCCAGAUCUGCAGGUGAAAAUUAUGAAGAUAAGCAGUAUAUGGUCAUGGAUCUCCGCAUUCACCUAAACGACGUACGUGCCGUCGUUCCCCUUUUCACCCGCGAUCUUUCCUACAUCAAUAACGCGCUUAUCCGACCUAUUGUUGCAUACAUCAAUUCGCGCCGGACAUUCAUUCCAAUCAACUGCCGAGUAGUCAAGCGUCUGUCAGAUUUUGACGGCAGCUGGACUCUUUUCGACUCUGGAUUGAUGGAUGAUCUGUCGGCCGAGGUCUACGACGCAUUUGCAAGAGACGUCACGGACGAACAGGCGAGAUUGAGACGGUUCAAGAAGGUUGGGUUGUGGAGUUUGCAACUUGCCGUGCAGGCGAUUUUUCUGGUGAGUCGACCUUCUGGGAUGUGA